UCCAGCCUGAGAGACCCCAGAUGCCCUCACCAUGAGGGGCCCCAAACCCCGUCAGCAUCGAGGGGCCCGCGUCCGCCAACCCGGAGGACCCACAUCUCCUGACCCCCAACGCCUAGACCCCAAACAGCCCGAAAACCCCAGUUCCCCUCGGCUCGGGGCCCCCAACCUGCAGCUCGCCCGGAAAGACCGAAUCUCCCCAAACUCAGACGCUAAAUGUCGUCGUCCUGGGACCCUGAAGCCCCUUGAUGGGAGGCUCCAAAUCUCCGCAGCCGCAGGGUCUGACCGUCCCCCCGGCCUCAGUGUCCUCAGCCCGGAAGACGCCCCGGGCCGUCCAGCCCCUCCUCGCUCAGGGCCCCGCGCCCCCCUCUCCCGGCGGCCUGCCACCCUGCCGCCCAGACAGCCAGGAGAAAGCUGGUCAGCCCUCAGCGCCUUCUCCUUCCACAGGCACUCGGAGGACUCGGGGCUGGGACACCAUGAACCCCGACAGGGGCCCGCAGCACAGCCCCGAGGGAGAAGCAUGGCGGACGCUGCAGGCAGAAGAAGCUUCGAAAGACGCUUCCCUCUACUUCUCCAGGGAGGAGUGGGCAGAGAUGGGAGACCGGGAGAGAAGCCGGUACCAGAAUGUGAAGAGGAACUUCAAGGUGCUCCCCAACCUAGGUCUCAGAGCCCCUCGACCAGCUUUCCUGUGUCACCACCGCGGGCGGGCCACCGAGCUGGAGGAGGAGGACCCUGAGGACUCGGAUGAAGAAUGGGCUCCAAGGCGACGAGUGAAACCUUCUUGGGUGGCCUUCAAAACUGCACAGAGAAAACUUCAGAAGGAAACAUCCAAGAUACCAUUGAGCAAUGAAUGUAGUUUGAAGGAUUUGUCAGGAACAGCAAAUUUGAGGACUGCAAGUGACUCAGAGCAGGCCCAGAAACUGGUGUCCCCUCCUGGAGAAGCAUGUGCCUUUGGAAAGCACACAAGACAAAAAUCGGAUCCUACCAACCUCACCCACCUGGCCUUCAACUCAGAACUCAGGAGAAAGGACAUUGACGUGAAGAUGUAUAGCCAACAAGAAAGAAAGGUCCCUGUGCACCAAGAGGUCAACGAACCCCAGGAUGAUGACUACCUUUAUUGUGAGAAGUGUCAGAACUUCUUCAUCGACAGCUGUGCUGUGCAUGGGUCCCCUACAUUUGUAAAUGACAGUGCAGUGGACAAGGGGCAUCCCCACCGCUCAGCCCUCACCCUGCCCCCUGGGUUGAGAAUCGGGCCAUCGGGCAUCCCUGAGGCUGGGCUUGGAGUGUGGAAUGAGGCAGCUGAUUUGCCAGUGGGUCUGCACUUUGGCCCUUAUGAAGGACACAUCACAGAAGAUGAAGAGGCAGCCAAGAGCAGAUACUCCUGGCUGAUCGCCAAAGGGAGAAACUGCUAUGAGUAUGUGGAUGGAAAGGACAGGUCCUGGGCCAACUGGAUGAGGUUUGUGAACUUUGCCCGGGAUGAUGAAGAGCAGAACCUGGUGGCCUUUCAAUACCACGGGCAGAUUUUCUACCGAACCUGCCGGGUCGUCAGGCCGGGAUGUGAGCUGCUGGUCUGGUGCGGGGACGAGUAUGGCCAGGAGCUGGGCAGCAAGUGGGGCAGCAAAUGGAAGAGAGAGCUCAUGGCCAGAAGAGCAGAACCAAAGCCAGAGGUGCACCCAUGUCCCUCCUGCUCUCUGGCCUUCUCCAGUCAGAACUUACUCAGCCAACACGUGAAACUCCGUCAUCCCUCUCAGAUUCUCCCAGGAACAUCUGCAGGAAAACACCUCCAAGCAGAGGAACCCUGUCCAGGGGAUCAGAAUCAGCAGCAGCAACAUACUAGUACACACAGCUGGAAUGAUACAGCUGAAGGUCAAGAGAUCAAAGAAAACUCCAAACAUUUGCUUAAAAGGAUCAGUCAGAGGAGAAUCUCAAAACCCCUUUUCCAACCUUCCAAAGAACAAAUGAGCUCUAGUGAGCACGAGAGAGUGAUGGAAGAAGAGCCCCGGAGAGGCCAGAAAGAGAAUCCAGAGGAAACAGGCAAGUUCUUUGUGAAAGGAGGAAUGUCAAAAAUGGUAACAAUCGAGCAUGGAGGGUAUUGGCAAAGCAUUGAUGAUGGAUCACAUCUCAUCACACAUCAGGGGACACACUCUGGGGAGAAGCCCUAUGUUUGCAGCGAGUGUGGGACAGGCUUUACACACAAGAAAAAUCUCAUCAGACACCAGAGGACACACUCAGGGGAAAAGCCCUAUGUUUGCAGGGAGUGUGGGAGAGGCUUUACAUGCAAGUCAAAUCUCAUCACACACCAGAGGACACACUCAGGGGAAAAGCCCUAUGUUUGCAGGGAGUGUGGGCGAGGCUUUGCACACAAGAAAAAUCUCAUCACACACCAGAGGACACACUCUGGGGAGAAGCCCUAUGUUUGCAGGGAGUGUGAGCGAGGCUUUACAUGCAAGUCAGAUCUCAUCACACACCAGAGGACACACUCUGGGGAGAAGCCCUAUGUUUGCAGGGAGUGCAGGCGAGGCUUUACAAGCAAGUCACAUCUCAUCAAACACCAGAGGACACACUCUGGGGAGAAGCCCUAUGUUUGUAGGGAGUGUGGGCGAGGCUUUACAUGCAAGACAAAUCUCAUCACACACCAGAGGACACACUCAGGGGAAAAGCCCUAUGUUUGCAGGGAGUGUGGGAGAGGCUUUACACGCAAGUCAAAUCUCAUCACACACCAGAGCACACACUCUGGGAAGAAGCCCUAUGUUUGUAGGGAGUGUGGGCGAGGCUUUACCUGCAAGUCAGGUCUCAUCACACACCAGAGGACACACUCUGGAGAGAAGCCCUAUGUUUGUAGGGAGUGUGGGCGAGGCUUUACACAGAAGUCAAAUCUCAUCACACACCAGAGGACACACUCUGGGGAGAAGCCCUAUGUUUGUAGGGAGUGUGGGAGAGGCUUUACAUGCAAGACAGGUCUCAUCAGACAUCAGAGGACACACUCUGGGGAGAAGCCCUAUGUUUGCAGGGAGUGCGGGCGAGGCUUUACAUGCAAGUCACAUCUCAUCACACACCAGAGGACACAUUCAGGGGAAAAGCCCUAUGUUUGCAGGGAGUGUGGGAGAGGCUUUACACGCAAGUCAAAUCUCAUCAUACACCAGAGCACACACUCUGGGAAGAAGCCCUAUGUUUGUAGGGAGUGUGGGCGAGGCUUUACCUGCAAGUCAGGUCUCAUCACACACCAGAGGACACACUCUGGAGAGAAGCCCUAUGUUUGUAGGGAGUGUGGGCGAGGCUUUACAUGCAAGACAGGUCUCAUCAGACAUCAGAGGACACACUCUGGGGAGAAGCCCUAUGUUUGCAGGGAGUGCGGGCGAGGCUUUACAUGCAAGUCAAAUCUCAUCACACACCAGAGGACACACUCAGGGGAAAAGCCCUAUGUUUGCAGGGAGUGUGGGAGAGGCUUUACAAGCAAGUCAAAUCUCAUCACACACCAGAGGACACACUCAGGGGAAAAGCCCUAUGUUUGCAGGGAGUGUGGGAGAGACUUUACACAUAAGAAAAAUCUCAUCACACACCAGAGUACACACUCUGGGGAGAAGCCCUAUGUUUGCAGGUGGAGUGAGUAAGUCAUUAGCAUUAAGUCACAUAUCAAUAGCCAUAGGAAGUCCACAGCACCUUACUCUCCCCAAGAUUGUAAUUAGUAUACAAGUAACUGGUUAAACAAACCCUCCAAUUUCAGUACAGGAGAUGAAAUGGACAAACAGUUCCAUAGUGAUAUGGGGAUGUCAGCACCAAACUCGUUCAUGGUUUUUUGACCUAUUCUAAAAUGUUUUGUCUCCAUACACAUCUCUCAUUUUCCCAAUCACUGAAAGCAGAGGGUUCCUAAAGAGCCACAAAGAACUCAGCCGCUGAAAUUCAACUACUGCAAAUGUGUAAAUGUGAAAUCAGUCUACUUUUGUUACUCCCUGAACAGAGGGAUUUGAGACAGACUCACCCAGGGAGGGAAUUCCCCAGAGUCCUGGAAAGCGCCUUUUCUCCUAAUCAGCUCCCUACCCCUCCUCCCUUGUCUUCUCUUGGCUCUUCUGCUUUCCUAUAACCUCUGGAGUCUCAGAGGUGAAUGGCAGGGAGAGAUGGAUGCCUGUGGGUAGACGUGAGCCGCUCAGUCUGGGCACUUGGUCUUCCUCACUCCUUGCUGCCUUUUCAGGGUCAGCAUUUCCUGGUGCACAGCAUACAGAUUCCACAUCAGUCCAUACUGGGUGUGAAUCUCAGCUCUGUUCUCUCCAGCUGUGUGACCUAAGGCAAGAUUCUCAACUUCUCUCUGCCUGCUUCCUAGUCUGCGCAGUGGAAAUGGGAACUCCAGCCUUUUGGUUUGACAUUCGAAGUUGAGUCAGCACAGACAAAAUCUGGCAAGAGGAUCACUGAGGUCACAAGCCCUACUGAACAGCCUUCAGUGCCCAUGUCUUCCUGGUCUUUAGUGGUGGACAAAGGAAGAUUAGGACAGGGUAGGGGUCUGUAGCCAAAUUCAAAAUUUGAGCAGACCCCACUGCUUUCCCCACAUAGACUGAGCUGCCCUGAGAAGGAAGCCUGAGGUUGGGGGUGUGCCUCCCCCUGAUCACCACCCUCUCACUGAGCCUGGGCAUCCUCAGAGCCUCCUCAACACAGGCAGGUGGUGCUGAGAGUGAGCUGUGAAACAAGACCCUCACCCACCCCUUGCUGAGAACUGACACUGGGAACAGCACCUGCCUGCACUGGGGUGUUAGGAUAGAUGGUGAGCCAAGGCAGGGAGGACGAGGAAGAGGAAGAUGGGUGUCACCCAAUGACUCUAGUCCUGUGCCUGGUCCAAUUCCAUUGUCAGAUGUUCCAGCAUCACAAGAAACACCAUGCUAACACGUUGAAAUUCUAGGUAUUGUUUCCACUAUCUGGGAAAGAAAGGCUUUCAAACUGUAUUCAUCCCAAGGCCUAGAAAAUGGAAGGGUGUCUACAGCACUCACGGAAAGGACCCCUAAAACAAAUCUGGUUAAUUCCUUACCUCUGUCCACUGUCUUUUAUGAGAGGGUCUCUAAUGCUUACAGAAAGAGCCCAUUGUUAGCUUUGGGUAACUGCCUCAACUUAAACUGUCUCCUGUCAUGGAUCUAUUUUACAACAUGACCAAGUGGGGUCAGAAGCAAGAUAAGGGUUCAGGCUAACAACCCCCACACAUACCUACGUUUGGGUAGUCCCCUUGGAAGUCCAUCCCCUUGGAAGCUGGCACCACUUUUACCCACUAACUAUAUAAGUCCUUAGGACAAAGGGCCUGGUGCUCUUACCUUUCGCCCCCACCUCAGCAAGACCUGUCCUCUCCCAUGAGAAUGUGUCACUAAUAAACCCUGCUUGCAUGGCAAUACACUUGACCUGUGAUCCCUUACUGUGUUGGCAGGAACUGAGUUUCUCCUAUGACAGGUGCACCCAAUCUGCACAUGGCAUUCAUGAAGCCUGCAACACAGCAAGUUCUGUAAUGCACCCUCCUUGUGCCUGGGCCCCACAGAGUUUAAUGCACCGCUGACACCAUCUCAAAAUGAUUACUUAUUGUAUCUUUGAACUUGUUUGUGAAGUCUCAUGGGAUAAUAGACAUGCACAAUGUUGGUCAUUCUUGGCCACCCGUCCCCAGGUAAUCUCCACAAUGGCCCAGGAACACAAAAUUCCCAUGGACCCAAUGGGUGGGAGUCCAACAGGACUCAAGGUGAGAACAGGGUAAACAUCUACAUCUGCAUGAGCAUAAGGAAGGGUGCCAACAGCUCCCAGAGGCCACACUUUUCUAAGAACCGGAGCUGAGUUCAAUAUACAGAGAUGUCAAACAUUUAGUGAGGACCCCAUCAGACCCUCUCCUGCACGAGGGAGACCUACGCAUGACCCACCCCAUUCCUGCUGCAGUGGUUUCACCAAAGGGGGACAACAACCCCCAUGACCUGGAAGGAUGAUCUCCGUGCCGCAGAUCUAAAGUUCACCACCUCGAUUAUCAAUCCGGGCAUGUGCCUGAGUUGAAGGUUCAGUCCUCAGUUGGGGGCUUGUGAGAUGCAACUAAUAGAUGUUUGUUUGGGGUUUUUUUUCUCUCUCUUUCCCCUUCCCAUCUCCUGUGUAAAGUAAGUAAAAUCUUUUUUUUUUUUUUUUUUUUCAAAAAGACACUUGAACAAUAGGAAAGUAACAGCAUGUUCUUGGAGAGAUAAAUAUCUCCAUUUCCCACGGUUACCUACAAAUAUAAUAUGAUCUAGCUUAAAAUAUCAGGAAAAAAAUUUUUAUUCCUCACCUGAGGACAUGCUUAUUGAUUUCGGAGAGAAGGGAAGGGAAGGAGAGAAACAUCGAUGUGAAAGAGAAACAUCAAAGGGUUGUCUCCCCACUGGGCACCAAACCCACAACCUAGGCCUGUGCCCUGACUAGAGCUUGAACUACAACCUUUCGGUUUAUGGAAUUGUUAUGGGAGAAACUCAGUUCUCCUUGCUGACACAGUAAAGAAUUACAGGUCAGCCAGUCUAUUCAUGAGGAACCAGGGUUUACUAGUGAUAUGUUCUCAUGGAAGAGAACAGGCCUUGCCAAGGUGGGGGUGAGAGGUGUAGAUUCUGGGCAGGGCAAGGUAAGGAUGGCAACAGUCAAGGGCAAGGGUGGCAAGAGCCUCAGGUCCUUGGUCCUGAGGAAUUAGGUAGCUGGCAGGAUUUGGGUGAAGAAGUGACAUAUUAACUGGUGGGUAAAGGUGCUACCAGCUUCCAUGAGGGAAGUAACUACCCAAAUGCAGGCAUGUGUGGGGGUCUGUUAGCCUGAAUCCUUAUCUCACCCCAGGCCCCAUUUGUUCCUCUUGUAAAACAAAUACGUGACAGGAGCCAGGUGAAGCCAGGGCAGUUACCCAAAAUUAUAAAUUAUUUAUGGGCUUUCUGUAAACAUUAGGUACUCCCUUGUAAAACAGAUAGUGACCAUAAGUAGGCAAGUAACCAAAGUUGUCUUGUGGGCUUCUUUGGGCACUGUGGACACCCUCCCACCUACCAGCCAGACCUUGGAAUUAACACACAGUUUAAUUCUAAGGCUUUCCUUCCCAGAAAGUGGGAACAAUACAUAGAAUUCCCUCCUCGUGCACUACCAUGUGUUUCUUGUGACAUUCUGAACACCUGGCACACCUGGCACUAUUAUCAAAUCCGGCUCAGGACGGCUGAGUCAGGGGGUCAGACAUGUCUCCCUCCUCCUUUCCUUAGUUUGCUAUCUUUCCUACCUUACAGGACAAUGCUCCAGCAGACUGAGCCACAUUGGCCAGGGCUCAGCAAAAUUUUUUAAAGUAAAACAAGCUCAGUUUCAGUUUACCUGUUAAAAUAAGGAACAAGUAAAAGUUGUAUUACAAAGCUGUGGGAAGUACAACAGUGGAUUAAUGCAUCAUGAAUAGACAGAUUGAUGGAAAAGAAUACUAGGUUCAUUAAUAUAUACAGAUCCACAUAGAAAUUGUGUUUUACUUACUUUUUAAAAUUUAUUGACUUAUUUUUCAUUUGGAACAUCUAUCCUUUGCCUCUCGUAUGCUCCCAACUGGUGACCUGGCCCACAACCCAUCACAGGUGGGCACAGAUAACCAGGUUCUUGAUGAUAGCAAACAAGGAAUUGAACAGACCAAAGAGAGUUUAUAGCAGACAGAGAGCAGAUUUAUUGAUAGUACACUGUACGGAACACAGGAGCGGGCUGACUCCAAACAGGCUGAUCUCAGGAGCUGGAGGGAUUCUAUACUUACAGGGUAAUAUUUCUUGGCUAGUUUUAGCAGGGUUUUAUUGCCCAUGUACAAGUAGUUCUAUUACUUUAAAGCUACUACACGUGGUCUCCCAUGAUCUUCCUUGACUAACCACCAGGGAAGGGGGUCCCACAAGGUUGAUUUAUUACAAUGCUAUUAUAAUGAAGCAGGGGUCAUGUAGCACCUUCUGUGCAGGUAUAGUUAUGAUUCGCCAUGAUUCAGUGCUUUUCCAGAAAGCAGGAACAACUGGUCUUAGAACAGGGUCUCUGUCCUGUAUUGGUGUCCUUUCUCUUAGCCCUGCCGCACCUCCAGAGUUUCCUCCUGACCAUCUCCUGCCUCAAACCCAGGUAGGUGCUCUGACUGGGAAUGGAACUGGUGACCUUUUGGUUUGCAGGCAGAUAGAUGCCCAGCCCACUGAGCCACACCAGCCAUUGCUUGAGGCUUGCAUGUGGCUUGACCAGGGAUCAAACCUGCAGCCUUCUUGACUCCCCCCCCCAAAAAAAAACAACCCUGAAGAGAUAUAAAAAAAAACUUCACAUGACCCUUGGCUGUUGUGGAUCAGUAGACUGAGCACACAGGCUUGUGAACCAAACGGUCACAGUUGGAUUCCAAAUCAAGGCACAUGGCUGGGUUGCAGGCCAGAUUCUCAGUUUGGGGUGUGUGAGAGACAACUGAUUGAUGUAUCUCUUACACACAUCAGUGUUCUCUCUCUGUCUUUCUCCCUCCCCUCCCCCUUCUCUAACAAAUUUAAUUUUUUUAAAAUAAACUUAACAUGAGCAGCAAAAUUGGAUUCAACAUUUAGGGAUGACCCACUAUACCCAACGUUUCCUUCUGAUCUGCACCAAGGUGUUUUCCCAACGCGAACACCAGGUGGCAGAAGAGAGGCACACUUGGAACACUUUUUCAGUGGUCAUGUACUGUAAAGCAAGUUUCAAAAAACUUCAAAACAUUGAAAUUAUGGAAAGCAUAUUGCUGACACUAACUGAGGUCAACCUAUUAAUCAGUAACAAAGGGUUACUAAAAAGUCCUUUUUUUUCAAAGUGAUGAAAUGUACAUCUAAAUAACAUUUGGUUCCACAUUCCUAGCUGAUACAUUAUGCCCACUUUUCCCUUGGACCUGCAAUAAGGUGUCAUUUCCUAAAAUGACCAGGAGAUGGCAGCAGAGACCGACAAUGCAAUGCAUAUCCUACUAAGGGCCUGGCUGAAAGAUUCCUUCACUUUUUACCUUGAGUUACAAAGACGGGCACACUUUUCACUGUCCUCCCACAACAGAACUGAACAAUGUCACCAACGUUUUCUUGCACUGCUCUCUGCCAUCUUCACACAAUUUCACCAUUCCAUCGUCCCACAACAUUGUUUUCUUUCGAAGCAGAGAGCUCUUCCAGGUGUCUUAUGCAGUCUUCCAGGGAACAGAAAUUUUUCCCCAUAAAGAAGAAUUCAGAGAGACAAAAUAGAUGGCCAUGGGAAGGAGCAAGGUCUUCUGAGUACUGCGGAGGAAUCAGGACUGUGCAGCCAGGCUGGAACCGUUUUCCCUGGUCACCAAAGAGAUAUGUGCUCUCUCACCUAAUCCUAACCUUCCGCACCUUCUGCUCCCAAAUUCCGGACUCUUUCCCUCAGGUGGCACUUUCAGUUGGUCUGAUGGGGAGCAGUACCCGUUGCCAGUAACCGGCUGGCUUUCCGAAACCAGCUCCUGCUGCAGGACUCCCUCUCCAAUUCACCACAAGGGCACCAUCACCUCCUUUGGGUGCAGACAGCCCUUUGGAUGACCAAGUGGUAUUUCCUUUGUUUGCCCACAAUCUCUCUCAUUCCACAUAACUCUCAAAUGGCAAACAUUCAUCCUCCCUCCACACACACGAUCUUGAUGGAAAUUGAGCAUUUCCCUUAUG